CUAAAUCCCAAAAUGGCAGUGAAAGCACUUAUCCAAACUGCCGUAACGUUUGCCUUUGGAUGCUUCUUCGGAAGUCUUGUCAUGCUUCGUGCACUGUGGUCUAUUGUUCGACAACCCAAGAGGGCCUUCUAUGUUAAAGACAGAACGGAACCACCAGCUUGUUUAGGUGAUUCGAGCCUUGGCACACACGGCUAUAUACACUUGGAGGCAAGUAAAGUACGUCUGCACUAUGUGGCAAAUGGAGUAGAAGGGAAACCCCUUAUGUUGUUUGUGCAUGGAUUUCCUGAAUUUUGGUAUUCCUGGAGAUAUCAGUUAAGGGAAUUUGCAAAAGAUUAUCGUUGUGUAGCUAUAGAUCAGAGAGGUUAUAAUGAUUCAGAUAAACCUAGUGGUAUUAGUAAUUAUGAUAUGUCGAUGAUGGUGGAUGAUUUAAAACAACUUAUUCCUGCUUUAGGUUAUAAAUCCUGUGUAUUGGUCGGCCAUGAUUGGGGAGGAGCUGUUUGUUGGGCAUUUGCUUCACGACAUCAGAAUCUGGUUGAUAGACUCAUUGUUAUGAACUGUCCGCAUCCUGGAUCUUUCUUUACUUAUGUCAUGAGCCACCCAUCACAAUUCCUUAAAUCCUGGUAUAUCUAUUUCUUUCAAUUACCAUGGUUACCAGAAUUGGCUUUCCGCUUGAAUGAUUAUCAGAAUAUAGUUAUGGCUUUUAAAGGAAAGAGAAUGGGGGUUCAGUCAGGAAUUAUGACAAAGGACGAUGUAGAAGCCUAUAAAUAUGCUUUUAGUAGACCAGGUGCUGCCACUGCUUCCAUUAACUACUAUAGAGCAGCUUCUAGAAGCGAAUCACCAGACACGAGACUGAUUGAAAUACCCACUCAGAUUAUAUGGGGUUGUAUAGAUGCAGCGCUAGAGAGAGGUUUAGCGGAAGGGUGUAGGGAGUUCACCAAUGAUCUAUCUAUUAGUUAUAUUGAAGAAGCCUCUCACUGGGUUCAGAUGGAUCAGCCAGAUAAAGUCAAUAAAUUGAUGAGAAAAUUUCUGGAAGAGAAAUCCUAAGGCCAGACCAAUCUGAAUUUUUGUUCUUCAUGAAUACCUAUUUACACAUACAUUUGCAAGAACUAAAUCUGAAAAAUUGCAUGUUUUUCUUUAGGCCUGAAAUGUUAUAUAGAUUAUUAGUUAGACAUAAAUUAACUUAUCCAGACCAUAAUCAACUCUCGAUGGCAUCGCUAGCCUGCGAUUUUUUCUGGAUUAGAAUCCUAUCUGCUGCUUAACGCUCAUUGAUAAUUAAAUCAAAAAAUGGAUAAUCAAGACUGUUUUUUAUCGUACUAACUUUAGUAAUUAUGAUCGAGGCUAGACCCAAAAUUCAAUCGCUAAAAUCUCAAUUCAGAGUGGAUCAAUUUGACUGAAAUUUUCAGAAAAUUGCCUUUACAUUAGCUAGUUUUCAACUAUUAUAGUGAGAACUUCCAGCUCUUUAUCUAAGAGCUUUGAUAUAUUAUCUAUUACCGUAAUUAUUUUUGAUAGAUGUUAUUUACUAUUAAUAUUAUAGUUUUUAUUUAUGAAUAGUUUUAAAUUAAUGUGAUUUAAAGCCAAGCUUACAACCCGCAGUGUGUUCGGCACUGUACAAAAUCGCGAAAAAUUUUUGCCUGGUUUCUUGCUGCUGGUCUGCGAACUACCAAACCCUACGGUAGGAUGCGAGUCAGGCUAAAACGUAACUUGCCAAACUCUUUUUAAUUCACACUUUAGCCACCCGGCAAACCUCGGCAGAUUCCGUUACUCUACAUCUAGAAACGGCUGUAUGAUCGUAAGUGAUAUGUACCUAAGCCUAUACAAUUGCGAUGCGGCACCGGUUUACUUAUUAGGAAAACUUGCCGUUUUUAAAAAGAAGUUAUCCAAAUUGCAUCGUUCGAAGUCAGUGUAGAUUUUUUAGUGCAAAGUUGUCCUUGUUUGAAGAAAAUCGGAUAAACUUGAAAGAAAAACAGCUUCAGACUUUGAAAAAUUUGUAUGAUAAAACAUUCUUCAAUGGCGUCGUCAUGGGCAACGUGGUUGGUAAUCCGGGAACUUGAAAGUAGCUCCAAUUGCGGAUUUCGUCAUACAGCCGAGGCUAGAAGAAGGGUACUGGAAUCUGCUGAGGUUUGCCGAGUGACACUUUAGCCAUAGUCUGGCCAAUUAUUGUCUCAAUGGCGAUUAGGGUAACAAUAUGUGUUUUUUUUGGUUUGUUUUUUUUUUUGUCUCAUUUUUGUGCUAUAGGCCUACACUUACAGGUUCUAACACUGUUCCUACCUCUGACCCAUCCUGGGCUGUUGGAUGGCCGAAUGGUUAGCAUGUGCGCGCUAUAUCAUAAAACCUGUCAUUGAGUCAACUGGCGUGGUUUCGAAUCCCCAGUUGCAAGCUAAUUAUUGAAAUAAAAUUAAACCAUAUGUUAGUCCUGAAAUGACCUAGUCUGUGUCGUGUGGACAUUAAACUUCAUUUCUCUCUCUCUCUCUCCCUCUCAACCUCUCUCUCUCUCCCUAUUAACAUGACAAGCCCAUAAUCAACUCUCCAGGCCAUCAGAUGGCUCCGAUUCUAAGUAGAUUAGAACAUAUUGGCCAUUUAAUGACUUAAUUUAAAAAUGGAGAAGUGAAGCCAAGUCGAAUAACAAUUACCCUUAGUCUCAUUUGUCCAGGACCUUUGCUAGGAUAAUAAAAAUCAACGCUACAUCUUCUAACACUCAUAACUUUGCUAGGAAUAUAAAUUUGAAUGAAAUUUUCAAUAUAAUUAUUUUACGUUAUCUAUUUAUCAAGGUUCGCACACUCCUUGAAAAUCCUUGAAAAUCCUGGAAAAAUGAAAAUGUUAUUUCCAGUACUGGAAAAUCCUGGUAAAACAACAUUACUCCUUGAAACUCCCGGAAAAUUAACAUUUGUGGUUUCUCUAUAUAUUUUAAGAUUAUAAAACUGAAUGUAAUCAUCGAAUGUUUCUUCAAAAGUUCACGAGUUCAUGGCCGUAAAUGUUUGCUAAUCCUGAAAAAAUACAUUAUGAUGUAGAAUGCUAUACAGGGACUCCUGGAAUCUGGUAAAUAACUCCUGGAAAACUCCUGGAAUUUUAAGUGUCCUGAGUUUAUGAACUAUUAUAACAUGACAAGACCAUAAUCAACUCUCUAAGCUAUCUAUUUUUGAACUGUCAUCAUUUUUUCUAAAUCUUACAUAAUGCAGUCAUUGUUUUUUUAAGGCAAGAGAUCGCUCUCGAGCGCAUGCUGUUCACCUGAAUGUCGACCGAGGGGAGGUUUUUUCCCUCCCCUUAAAAUUGAAAAUCGCUCUCCUUUACAAAGUCAUUGGGGGUUUAUUAUCAUUUAUCAAACCAGGAAUGACCCCAUUACAUGCAGUUAUUGAUCUUCAGAACCAUUUCUCAUACACAACUAAUCAUUCUCCUUAAUUUCUAAAUCACUCUCCUUAAUUUCUAAAUCACUCUCCUUAAUUUCUAAAUCACUCUCCUUAAUUUCUAAAUCAUUCUUCUUAUCGAAAUUGGAAGAACUUUUUUAGGGGAGCGAUUUUUUCAAUUUGUUGAUUGAGGAGAGCUUCUUUUGACUCUCCUCUGAAAUACAAAAAACAAAGACUGAUAAUGUAUCUUUAAGCCCUGUAAAAUGAAAUGAAGAGCCCAGGGGAAGAAUGAUCUAAGUCACAUUUUUGUCUUUUCGUAUAAAAGGCAAAACAGACUUUUGGACGAGAGUGCUUGACGGAAACAGAACAACGAGUGGGUUUAAUUACCACCUCAAAAUGAUGUUUAAUACGAAUCAUAAUUACCAGUAUAACAACUGAUUUCCAUUUUUCAGCCAAAUUAAGGUCAAAUAAAGGGUACGAUGGACUUGUAUUUGUCCGGGAGGCCAUUUCAGAAGGGCCUUGGUUCAAUGUGACUCCGAUCGUUUUUACCUGAAAUUGACUGUUCCACAGAAAGCUUAUACAAUUUGCUACCAGAUGGCACCAUUAACUGGGGUAUGUUGAAAAGUGACUUAGAUCGUUCUUCCCCGGUGCUCUUCAAAUAUUAUCCGCAAAAAAGCCAUGACGACCAGCUACUUUAAUGUGUUUUGAAUGUGAUCGAUAAUUUAUAUAAUUUUACUAUUUCGUUCCUACUAUCAAUAGUUUUCAAUUAAAAGCUUUAAUAAAUUUUUUACUUUAAUUGUGUGUUAUGUAUGUGAACGACUAUUUGCACAAUUUUACUAUAUUCAUUUUUUUACUGUCAAUAGUUUUCAAUUAAAAGCUUCGAUGAAUUUUUUUUUUAUGACUUAUUGACAUUUGCCAAAUUCUUUACUUUAAUUGUGUGUUAUGAAUGUGAUCGACCAUUUGUAUAAUUUUACUAUAUUUGUUUUUUACUAUCAAUAGUUUUGAAUUAAAUCCUUUAAUUUUUUUUUAUGACUGAUUGACAUUUGCCAAAUUCUUUACUUGAAUUGUGUGUUAUGAAUGUGAUCGACCAUUUGUUUAAUUUUGAAUUAAAUCCUUUAAUUUUUUUUUUUUUUGCUAGUUAAUGACAUUUGCCAAAUUCUUUACAUUUAUUGUAUAUGUUGCAUGCUUAUUGUUAAAUAUAUAUUUAUUAUAUUUUAAUUUUUUACAUCGUUGAUUGCAUUCUCGGUAUCCCCAGUGUUAUCGUUCUUUUCUACUCCACUAACCCCUGGAUCCAUCAACAGGUUUUUCACAAAUUCAGGGGGGUUGGAUGGCUUAGUUGUUAGCACGUGCGCGCUGUAUCAUUAAGUCUGUCAUUGGGUCAACUGGCAUGGUUUUGAAUCCCCGGUUGUACGUGACAAGGAGUAGGGUCGCUUGUCCAACCUCGUGGGUUUUCUCCAGGUCCUCCGGUUUCCUCCACAGCUAAAGACCCCUACGCGCAAGCGAAUUAUGGAAAUAAAAUUGAACCAUAUGUUAGUCCCGUAAUGACCUAGUUUGUGUCGAGUGGACGUUUAACCCCAUUUCUCUCUCUCUCUCUUUCACAAAUUCAAGUUAUCUGCCUUUGAUUGUAGCUUGAUUCUAUGAACCAAUCAAAAAACUCUUUACAUACCAGUCUUAGUGUCAUUGUUUACAUCCACCACAAUGAUCUUAGUUACAAUAAAAAGUGAGUUACUUCCCCUCGGCCGUUCAAUUAGUCGAUGAAAUUAGCUGAAGUAUCAAGGGUGGAUAAUUUGACUGUCUCCCCUGUGGAUGGAACGAGACCACUGGGGAUACCGAGAAUUGGUUGAUUGAACUACUGAUCUAUAUAAAUGUUUAUUACAUGGUUGAUUCAAUGUUUAUUAUUAAGAUUGGGGGCCUUGGGUGGCCGAAUGGGUUUUCUGUCCCAUCCGAAUGACUAGACAGCUGUCCUUGUCAGGCCCUCCGUCCUGCAUCACUGACAAGGGGAAACCCCGUCAGAAGAUCCGGAUGAACUUUCUGGGCCAAUGCAGGGAUCAAACACGCGACCUCCAGGCUAGCGAACUAGCGUCUUACCCACUAAGCCACCGUGGCUCCCUCAAAUAAAGGUAUAAAAUACUGCACCUUUGCUAUCAGAAACAGAGGGGUUGGAUGGCCGAAUGGUUAGCACGUGCGUGUUGCAUCAUAAGGUCUGUCAUUGAGUCAGCUACUGUGGUUUCGAUUCCCCGGUUGUACGUGACAAGGAGUAGGGUGGUCUGUCCACUGCUAAAGACCCCUACGCGCAAGCGAAUUAUUGAAAGAAAAUUGAACCAUAUGUUUGUCCCGAAAUGACCUAGUUUGUGUUGAGUGGACGUUAAACCCCAUUUCUCUCUCUUUCAUUGUAGAAAAAAUCAAUUCAUACAGAUAAAAACAAGUUUCAUCAAUCUCACUUAAUUAGAACUAAAGUUAUCGUGUCCCAAAGCAUCAACCAAUCAAAUUGCUUAUCUCUUCGAACUCCAUCAAGGCAUUGACCUAAUCAACACAUACACCAAGUUUGAACAUUCUAGCUCAAUUAGGAAGAGAGUUAUCGUGCCCCAAAGUAUCAACCAAUCAAAUUGCUUAUCUCUGCUUACCCUAAGCGGAAAAUGCUCAUCUUCGAACUCCAUCAAGGCAUUGACCUAAUAAACACAUACACCAAGUUUGAACAUUCUAGCUCAAUUAAAAGUUAUCGUGUCCCAAAGCAUCAACCAAUCAAAUUGCUUAUCUCUGCUUACCCUAAGCGGAAAAUGCUCAUCUUCGAACUCCAUCAAGGCAUUGACCUAAUCAACACAUACACCAAGUUUGAACAUUCUAGCCCAAUUAGGAAGAGAGUUAUCGUGUCCCAAAGCAUCAACCAAUCAAAUUGCUUAUCUCUGCUUACCCUAAGCGGAAAAUGCUCAUCUUCGAACUCCAUCAAAGCAUUGACCUAAUAAACACAUACACCAAGUUUGAACAUUCUAGCUCAAUUAGGAAGAGAGUUAUUGUGUCCCAAAAAGUGUGACGGACAGACAGACGGACAGACAGACGAACGAACCCAUUUUAAUAGUCCCCUGCUUUCUUCGAAAGGCGGGGGACAAAAACACUUGUAAUCUAAUUUUAAAAUUUCAACUUUAAUUUUGGUUUUUAUGGUUUAUAAAAGAUUGAUUGUUACAUUAUGGUACAUAAACAUUAAAUUGUUACAUUAUGGUACAUAAAAAAAAUAAAUUGUUACAUUAUGGUACAUAAAAAAUAAAUUGUUACAUUAUGGUACAUGAAAAAAAAAUUGUUAUGGUACAUGAAAUAUUGUUACAUUAUGGUACAUGAAAGAUUAUUUGUUACAUUAUCGUACAUGAAAGAUUGAUUGUUAAAUUAUUGAUCAUAAACGAUUAAUUGUUACAUUAUGGUACAUAAAAAAUAAAUUGUUACAUUAUGGUACAUGAAAGAUUAAUUGUUACAUUAUGGUACAUGAAAGAUUAAUCGUUACAUUAUGGUACAUUAAAGAUUAAUUGUUACAUUAUGGUACAUGAAAUAUUGUUACAUUAUGGUACAUAAAAAAAAAUUGUUACAUUAUGGUACAUGAAAGAUUGUUACAUGAAAAAUAAAUUGUUACAUUAUGGUACAUAAAAGAUUAAUUGUUACAUUAUUGUACAUAAAAGUUUGAUUGUUACAUUAUGGUAAAUAAAAGAUUUAUUUAAAAUAUUUUAUAAAAA